GCAGCGGCUGGGAGAGACAGAGAGGCGGGGAGGGAGGGAGAAAGAAUUGGAGGGAUUGCCGGCAUAGUGCAUGUUUUUAAAUGUGCAUCAAAUCCGAUGAAGCCAACGUUGGGAUUUCUCUGGCAUACCAGGACCGGCUUAGCUGCGUUUUUGAUGAGAUUAGGAGAGGAAGGCGAUGGGAAAUUCACUGGGCUGUGUUAAGGAGCCGAAAGAUUCACUAGCUAUUCCUGAGAAGGCUCCCCUAUCUCCUAAGAAAAGGGUUCGGUUUAAAAGGAAGUGGAGGGGGAAGAAAACCCCUACUCCAGAGGUAUCUCAUGAGGAAGAACCAUUGGAAGCAACCAGAGUCAUUGAAGAGACGGAAACCCAACCGAAGUUAACAGUGAGUCUCCAAAAGGAAGAAGGAGUGGGAGGGGUAGAGCAUCCCCCUGCAGACAUUUUGCUGCCUUGGAACUCAGCCCCCAACUCAGGGGUGGGCGAUCAGGGCAUGAUCGUGCAGGUGAAGGAGAGAUUCCAGGGGGAGAUCCAGACUGCUCACCUUUUGUUGAAGAAUGAGUCAUCAGUUGCCAGAGGGGUCUGGGAUUCCCUGGAAGAGGGGAUGACUGUUAUCGCUCACCUGCUUGAUAACCCAGCAGAAAGGAACUGUGAGAAGUCAGUGAGCCAACUGGUGGAAUUUCCUAGGACAGCAUCCUGCAGCAGCCGGGCUGUGCUGCUGCCUUUGCAAGGAGAGACUGCAGUGGGGAAAGGAGGGACUCCGCUUGGACUUCGGAGCAGCACUUUCCCCAGGACAGACCACCCCGCCGUCUCAGGGACUCCAGACCACCUUUCAGAGGGCUCGUGUGCAGGGGCAGGAACCGCAGCUCUCUGCAGUGCCCCUCACAUAGGUUCCUGGAUUGCAGAACCUUCUGUCCCUUCUUCCCCCCUGGACCAGUCGAGAGGCCACAGACUCACAGAAAUCCCUGCCGUGGGUUGCGUGCCCCCCCAGGGUCCCAGACUGCCUACUUCUCAGAGUGAUUUAUCCAUCAGCGGUAGGACUGUGAGCAUUUUGCCCUCCUCCUCUGGCUAUGGCAGUGAUGGGCCACAUUUACGUGGGCUCCGACCUAGAGAAACAGAACCUGAAAAGAGCUCCACAUCCUUCUCGGAAGAGGAUGGCACCCUUUCUUUGGAGGCAAGUCACACCCCAUUGUGGGGUCUGGAGAGGUUGGUGGCCUAUGUUUGGAUUUCUGGCCCUCAAACUUAUUAA